AUGGGAGCCCCGGCGAAGAUACCAUCAGCAAAGAAGGACGCUCCGGCCUACAAGACUACGGCGCCGAUCUACGACGAGAAGGUAGCAGCCGAGGUCUACAACAGGGCGAUGGCCACUCAGGUGACGCUUACCCAGCGCGAACUACUCUCCCUCUCCGCCGAAGUCCGUUCGCAGGUCAGGGAAGCCACGUCGGCACGCCGAUCGCCUGCCAGAGACGCCAGCAAUGUUCGGACCUUCUACCAAGAUGCCGAUCUACCCUAUGCCAUCGACGAUCUCGAACCACCGACUCGACCGACCGUCUCCUCCUUUGUCAAUGUCCUGCACCAACCGGAAACACCCCCGCCUGGCGCGAUCAUCAUCCCCGACAUGUACGAAACGUACCUGAAGAAUCUACAGCCCGGUCAGGUUCCUCAGCCAUUGAUAGUUGCUAAAGAAUCGUCUGCCCUAAGGUCUAUUGUUCCCCUCGUCGAUCAUCAGCAGGAAGUCGAAUGCGUCAUCGAUCCGGGCUCACAAGUCAUCGCCAUGUCGGAAGGCAUUUGCAAUGAACUGGCGCUCAUCUACGACCCCGAAAUCGUCCUCAAUAUGCAGUCGGCGAACGGCGAAAUCGACCGAUCCUUGGGUCUGGCACGCAACGUUCCAUUCCUCAUCGGCGACAUCACCCUGUACCUCCAAGUCCACAUCAUUCGAAACCCCGCCUACGACGUUCUCCUCGGUCGGCCCUUCGACAUCCUCACCGAAAGUAUCGUCAAGAAUUAUUCAAACGAAGACCAGACGAUCACCAUCAGCGACCCGAACACGGGACGACGAGCCACCAUUCCGACGAUCAGACGAGGACCCCCUCGAGUCCUUCACCGAAGACAAGCGGGUUUUCGCGACUCGAUGAAUUGA